AUGACAUUCGACCUCUCAAAAAUCGUAAGGCCCAAGAUUUUUAACUUGGAACCCUACAGAUGCGCUCGAGAUGAUUUCACCGAAGGUGUCCUGUUGGACGCGAACGAGAACCCGCAUGGACCAGUUGUCAAAGAUUCUAACCGUGAGUUCGUCCUCAACCGGUACCCAGAUCCCCACCAGGUUGCUUUCAAAACUAAAAUGAGUGAAUUGCGUAACUCUCAAUCUGUUUUCAAAGACCAAAAAAUAACUCCGCUGAGUGCUGACAACCUAUGUUUGGGCGUUGGAUCCGAUGAAAGUAUUGAUGCGCUUAUUCGCGCGUGCUGCGUUCCUGGUAAGGACAAAAUUCUGAUUAUGACUCCUACCUAUGGAAUGUAUUCGAUUUGCGCUGAUAUUAACGAUGUUGAAAUCAUUAAAGUCCCAUUGAUAGUCGAAGACAAUUCUUUUCAGAUGAAUACCGACAAAGUCAUUGAAACUCUUCAGGGUGACUCCAACAUAAAGAUAGCCUUCGUCACGUCACCUGGUAAUCCUACUGGUGCACUCAUUGAUAUCGCCAGUAUUGAAAAGAUACUUUCUCAGUGGCAAUCUGGCAUAGUUGCUAUUGAUGAGGCUUACAUUGACUUCUGCUCUACAGGCGGUUCGGCAGCGCCUCUCGUUAACAAAUACCCUAAUCUCGCAGUGUUACAGACUCUCUCUAAGUCCUUCGGCUUGGCAGGUGUUCGUCUGGGUGUAACUUUCACUUCAAAAGACCUGUCGCGCGUUUUGAACGCUAUGAAGGCUCCUUAUAAUAUUUCAUCCAUGGCAUCUAAUUUAGUUCUCAAGGCGCUGAGCUCAGAAUCCGUACAAACCAUGAAAGACAACGUUCAGGAGAUUGUUGAAGAAAGGGAGCGCGUUUUGAAGGCACUUACUUCGAUGGAAAACGUUCAAGAUACUCAAGUUGGAGGUUUGGACGCGAAUUUCAUCAUGGUCAGAAUUGUUGAUGGAGGAAAAGGCAACAAUGAACUUUCCAAGGCUCUAUACUACAGAUUAGCAACCGAGUCUGGUGUGGUGGUUAGAUUCAGGGGCACUGAAUAUGGCUGCACUGGCUGCUUAAGGAUCACGAUUGGUACUCAUGAAGAGAAUAGCAAGCUUAUCAAGGAAUUUGAGAAAAAACUCAAAGAACUUACCGCAUAA